AUGAACAACCAAGUUCUCACCAUUCUUGCCAAAGUGGUGGAUUUCAUGGCUUCCUCAGAAACAUACACUCUCACCACAAGGAUUGAAGAGUGGCAUAAGCUUCAUGACCUGCUCGAAUACUGGAACAGCUCUGUAAAGGAUAAGGGUUUCAUGGAUCCUGUCUCAGUACUCGACGAGGGGGAUAAGUUUGAAGGAGCGUUUGUGGUCAGUUUUCGGUUCGUGGCCAGUGAAAGUAUUGCUGACGACGCAUAG